GCCGCGAGGCGACUGGAAGGACUGGAAGUGCAUCUCAGCCUUUAGAGACGCAGAGCCAGGCUCUGCGCUCUCUUUUCUGUAUCGUGAGUGAGGAAUUAAAUUGCGAUUUAAGUGGAUCGAACACACUGGAGAAAAGAAGUAAAAUCAGUAUAAAAUGGCAAGAAGUUUAUCGAGUUUUUCUGCCCAAGUCCCACAGCACAGCACACAAACAGGUGAUGGCUUUUCCCGGCCUAAUAGCAGAGACCUCCUGCUUCCUGUGAACAGAUUGGAGGCCGAAUUACUCAAAACCAGACUCCUGUCAGGUGCUCCAAACCCGGCUCCUCAGAUUUCACAAGCCUUGAAUUUUACGCACAAUACAAAAUCUCAAGAUAGAAGGAGGAUUAGGCAACAACCAGUGAAACUGGACCCUCUGCCUGUUUUGACAGCCUACCAAUUAUUAAAUCAGCCUGAGUAUAUUUACCAGAAGAGCGAAGAAAGAUGCAUCAGUGUUGGGCAACUUCGGCUUACCACUCCACCAGAGUUAAAAUCACGAAGGCCUUCAAUUGAAAAAAUAUCAUCCACUACGUUCCUUCCUGAAUUGCCCACUGAGUUAAAGGCAAAGCAGAUUCAGCUGAACCAGAGCCGGACUUUGUCUCCUACACAGCCACCAAUGAAGCGGCGCUCUUCUGAAACCCGUUCAGUAAUUCCAUGUAAAGCGUUUGCUGCUUCACCUUGUAGUUUCAGUUCAGCUGAGGAAAUAAUCAAAGCCAACAUUAAGGAUCCUUUGGAAAUCAUCAGCAUUGUUAAGAGCAAUGAUGUCGUCGGGUUCCUGUACAUGACGCCAGCAGCUCCGAAGUCUUCUAUAUAUUAUGAUGCUUACAAUCUGAAGAUUGUUUCCUUUGAAGAAAUCAAUAAGAAUGAUUAUUACACAAUCAGCAAGCAAGGCGUCACCCACAAUCUGUUUGGAGAAGUGGAUUAUUUAGACCUACCUCGCUGGGAGAAGGAGUAUACCUGCCACAGGAACCUCCUAAAGAUCCCAAUAUUUGCACUCUUCCGAAAGUGGAAGGCCUUUAAAGUCUGGAGGAAGAAUGUCCUCUCGAAGAAGAUAAACACGUCCAGGACUGCAUUACAGAACAACCUCUUCAUUGUCAAUGAUUCGCUACGUCCUGCACUGCUUAAUGUCAGAGAGAUGUGCUACCGCAUUAGUGAUAUGGGACUCUGCCGAAUUGAGAAAGGCCAUACCUACACAUUACACGGCUUUAAGGAAACUCAGCUUCAACAGCUUAAAGAGAUUUCUUUCCGUUUGGCAGAAUUUAGAGAGCUUGCCAAGGAGGUGGUAAGGAGUUCCUGCCGGACAGCUUUACUUGAAGCUGGGUAUACUCCAGAUGACUACUUCCAUGAGGUAGAAAAUCCAGUUGAACUGGAAGCAAUAUAUGGUGACACAGCAGAGAAAAUGACUUACACUGAGCAGGCCAAUAAAAGAGCUCACUGCAAGCGACUGACCUGCUUUAUUCGGCUGGCUGAUUAUGUCAUCGUUAACACAAUGCACAUCAUGGCUGUCAAUUCAGUAACCACUUUAUUGAAUUAUCUGACGGAACAAAUUCAGCUGAUUGCCGCUCACGAUGUGAUAAGAAGUUGGAAGCACGAGCAGAAACCUGUAACCGAGGAAGGAGAAAAGAAGCCAAAUGUAGCAAGUCAGGAUGGCGAAGAGAGCAUUGUUCCAAUGUUUCUUUCUGAACUCAUCAUGGACAUUCAAGGAUUUUAUUUUGAGCCUGCAGUCGACAACUUUCAGGAAGGUAUCGGGGAAAUUGUGCAAAGGUUUCAAGAUACGGUUUUGUCUUUGUCAAAUCUGGUCUCCGAUUCCUACUUUGAUGCUUUUACCCAACCGAUCAUCAACAAUAAAGUUGAAGAGAAAACGUGCGGUGAUGGACCAGGUUUGGCAACGAUGUUUGAAGAUGACAAGCACCUACAGGCAGUAAUUCAGAAAAUAAAUGAGGGGAUUCAUUUCGCCUUCACUGCAGCGAACGUGUAUGCAGAAACAUUUGAAAGGUUCCACGUGUUCUACAAGGAGAAUGAAAGUCUCGAUUUGGAAGGCCUCAAGGAAGAAGAACAUGAUGUGGCGUUCUUCAGAGAGCAACUUGAAAAAUACCACAAUGAACAUCGAGACGCUCUUGGCAUAAAACAGCAAAGAAACCUCGGGAUGUUGCUUAUCGACUGCAAAAAGCUGAAGAAUAAACUCAUUCCAUCUCCUUUACGUUGUUUAGAAACUAUAAACGACAUGCUGCCCAUCCUCGCCAAAAAGAAAAUGGAUGCCGUCAUUUCAGAGGCCAGGGAUGCUGAAUUCAAACUUGAAUUUGGUCCAUCGACGACUAUGGAGUAUGUCAAGAGUCUUACAUUCCUUGAAGAAUUUCAGGAUCGGAUUGAGUUCCUGGAUGAAGAGACGGAGAUUGUGGCUCAGAUGUAUCAGCUCAUCGAACAUUAUCACGUGCCCACGCCACCGGAGGAUUUUGCGGUUUACGCUAUGCUGAGGCCUUCAGUCAUCACUGUGCACAACUCGAUCGAUAAAGCAGUUGGGGAGAGAGAAGCCAAAAUUGAAAAAUUCUGUCACCUUCUGGAGAAGGACAUCUUAGAGCUCAAUGCUGAAGUGAAGACUUUAAAACAGCAGGCCCAGGAUCCUCAGAUAAUUGAUAUUUUCUCAGACAAGAACAAGAUUAAGCAGUUACUUCAAGGCAUGCAAACCACCAUUGAUGAGCUACAGCAGCAAGCCUUUCAAUACAAAUCCUUCCAGAAACAAUUCAAGGUUGAAGUGACGAAAUACGAAGCGUUGGAAGAACUAAAUGCAGAACUCAGGCUUAAACAGCUCCUUUGGAACUCUCUAGAUGAAUGGGAUAUCAUGGAGACUGAAUGGAUGGAGAGCCGGUUUGAUUUGCUAGACCCAGAACAACUGACUGUGAAAGUGACAAAAUACGCAAAGAUUGUGACUCAACUGGAAAAGGGGCUUCCUCCAAAUAACGCAGUGCCAAAGCUAAAGGGGAAAGUCGAACAGAUGAGAGAAAAGCUCCCAACAAUCGCAAACCUGAGAAAUCCUUGCUUGAAACAAAGACACUGGGAAUUAUUGGAAGCCAUUUUGGAAGCCAAACUGUAUGAGCAGCCAAUCAGUCUUACAAGCCUGCAAGAAAUUCACGCUUUUGAUUAUGCUCAACAAGUAACAGACAUAUCAGGUCAGGCCUCGGGAGAAGAAUCUUUGGAGAGGAUUCUGAAAAAGGUGGAAGAUUCAUGGAAGUCAAUGGAAUUUGUGGUUCUACCUCAUCGAGACUCAAAAGACGUUUUUAUCCUCGGUGGCACAGAUGAAGUGCAGGCGCUCCUUGAUGACAGCAUCAUUAACAUAGCAACUGUGGCAUCUUCACGCUAUGUGGGUCCAAUCAAAGCAGCCGUAGACGACUGGCAACGAAGACUUGCAUUAUUCAGUCAGACACUGGAAGAAUGGUUAACCUGCCAGAGAAACUGGCUCUAUUUGGAAAGCAUUUUCAGCGCUCCCGAUAUUCAACGACAGCUUCCGGCAGAAGCCAAAAUGUUUCUUCAGGUUGAUAAAUCCUGGAAGGAAAUAAUGAGAAGAGUGAACCAGAAUGCAAAUGCGUUUCGCUCCUCCACUCAGCCAGGCCUCCUGGAAACAUUCCAGAACAAUAAUGCGCUGCUGGAUCAGAUUCAAAAAUGUCUUGAAGCUUAUUUGGAAUCAAAGAGAGUUGUAUUCCCAAGAUUUUACUUCCUUUCCAAUGAUGAGUUGCUGGAAAUCCUGGCCCAAACAAGAAACCCUCAAGCUGUUCAGCCACAUUUGCGCAAGUGUUUUGACUCAAUAGCUAGGCUGGAGUUUGCACUUGCAUCUCAGACAGAAGGAGGGGAGACACCGGCAGUGGAAGGUGAAGCAGAAACAGAGAAGGUCUACACGAAUGAUAUUUUAGCCAUGCUGUCGCCUGAAGGAGAGAGGGUCAGUCUGGGAAAAGGACUGAAAGCACGAGGAAAUGUCGAAGAAUGGCUUGGAAAGGUUGAGGAAGCCAUGUUCAUCUCUCUGAGACGACUGAGCAAAGCUUCAAUUGCUGAUUAUCAAAGCAAAACGAGAACUGAAUGGGUAGUUGCUGGGCAUCCAUCACAGGUUGUUCUCACCAUCUCCCAGCUAAUGUGGUGCCAGGACUUAACCCAGUGCUUGGAAGGAGACGAUCACGAUCAUUUCCAGGCUCUGGUGGGAUUUGAAAAAGUGAAUUUUGAGCGUUUGAAUGCCUUAGCGGGACUGGUUUGUGGGUACCUUCCAAAGUUACACCGAAACAUCAUAACAGCCUUGAUUACGAUUGAUGUGCACGCAAGAGACAUUGUUACUGAACUCGUCAAAGAAAAGGUGGAUUCGAGUUCAAACUUUGAAUGGCAGAGGCAGCUCCGAUAUUACUGGGAUCUGGACAUUGACAACUGCGUGGCACGGAUGGCUUUAUCACAGUACACGUAUGGCUAUGAAUACCUUGGGGCAUGCCCCCGCCUGGUCAUUACCCCCCUGACGGAUCGCUGCUACCUUUGCCUAAUGGGAGCUCUGCAGUUGGAUUUGGGUGGGGCCCCAGCAGGACCGGCAGGAACCGGAAAAACAGAAACCACCAAAGAUCUGGCCAAAGCCCUUGCAAUCCAGUGUGUGGUAUUCAACUGUUCAGAUGGCUUAGAUUACAAGAUGAUGGGUCGUUUCUUCAGUGGCUUGGCCCAGUCUGGAGCUUGGUGCUGCUUUGACGAAUUUAACCGCAUCGAUAUUGAAGUGCUUUCCGUCAUUGCCCAGCAACUUAUCACCAUCAGAAACGCAAAAGCAGCAAAGUUAUCCAGAUUCAUGUUUGAAGGUCGUGAAAUUAAAUUAGUGAUGACUUGUGCUGCUUUUAUUACCAUGAACCCUGGCUAUGCAGGAAGAACGGAGUUGCCAGACAACUUGAAAGCUUUAUUUAGGCCCAUUGCGAUGAUGGUGCCCAACUACGCUCUUAUUGCAGAAGUUAUUCUUUACUCAGAAGGCUUUGAAUCCAGUAAAGUUUUGGCCAGGAAGAUGACUCAGAUGUACAAGCUGUGCAGUGAGCAGCUCUCUCAGCAAGAUCACUAUGACUUUGGAAUGAGAGCAGUCAAAUCUGUGCUGGUAAUGGCAGGAUCCCUGAAGAGAGAAAACCCUCACCUGAGUGAAGAUGUAGUUCUGAUUCGGGCACUGCGCGAUUCCAACCUGCCGAAGUUUCUUACAGAUGAUGCGUUGCUUUUUAGUGGAAUUCUUUCAGACUUGUUUCCAGGAGUCACUAUUCCAGAUCACGAUUAUGGUGUUUUCCAGUCAACCAUUGUGGAUAUCAUGAUUAAGCAGGGUUUGCAGCCUGUCUCAACAAUGAUCCAUAAAGUAAUUCAACUCUUCGAGACGAUGAUUGUCCGCCAUGGAGUCAUGCUGGUUGGUCCAACUGGAGGUGGAAAAACAACCGUUUUGAAUAUCCUCGGAGACACUUUAGGUGCUUUACAUGAAGCUGGUGAAGAAAACCCAUAUUACCUACCGGUGAAGACCUACAUAUUAAACCCCAAGUCAAUUACUAUGGGAGAGCUGUACGGUGAGGUCAACAAUUUGACGAUGGAAUGGAGAGAUGGGCUGAUGGGACUUAGUGUCCGUGCAGCAGUCAAUGAUACGUCGGACGACCAUAAAUGGAUUGUUUGUGACGGCCCUGUGGAUGCCCUCUGGAUUGAGAACAUGAAUACAGUGCUGGAUGAUAACAAAAUGCUUUGUCUUGCCAACAGUGAAAGAAUCAAAUUAACACCGUCCAUCCACAUGGUGUUUGAGGUUCAAGAUCUAAAGGUGGCAUCUCCUGCAACUGUUAGCCGAUGUGGAAUGGUUUAUAUCGACUCUGAAGAACUGAAGUGGAUGCCAUACGUACAGACCUGGAUGGCUCAACUUUCGGAUAAACUAAAUGAAGACACCCAAAAAUAUAUUUUGGAUCUCUUUCAACAAUAUGUUGAAGAUGGGCUGCGAUUUGCUGCCAAAAAAUGCACACAGGCUAUUAACCAAGUGGAUAUCAGCAAAGUGACAACCCUUUGUUAUUUACUGGAAUCUCUUCUGCUGGGCAAAGGAGGACCCAAUUUAAGCAUGGAUAGAGCCAAACUAAACAGCAUUUUAUGCCAGACUUUUGUGUUCUGCUAUUUGUGGUCCGUUGGUGGAAAUCUGACCGAGAACUGCUGGGACGCUUUUGACAGUUUUGUGAGACAGCAAUUUGAAGACUGUUCUGAUGCCAAGUUACCAGCUUCUGGAGAUCUGUGGAGUGUCUAUAUGGACUUUGAAAACAGACGCCUAGAUUCCUGGGACAAAAUCAUUCCCCUUUUCAAGUAUGACAAGGAAGUUCCGUUUUUCCAAAUGCUUGUUCCAACAACAGACACCGUGCGGUAUGGCUACCUAAUGGAGAAACUACUGGCAGUAAGGCACUCUGUGCUUUUCACUGGCAUCACCGGUGUAGGAAAGUCUGUUGUUGCUCGUGGGCUACUAAACAAGGUGCAAGAUGAGGCGGGAUAUGUUCCUGUGUAUAUCAACUUUUCAGCUCAGACAUCUUCUGCACGAACACAGGAAAUUAUUGAAUCUAAACUGGAAAAGAAGAGAAAAAAUAUAUUAGGUGCUCCAGGAAGUAAAAAAGUGAUUAUUUUUGUGGAUGAUCUCAAUAUGCCCAAACUCGACCGCUAUGGUUCUCAGCCCCCAAUUGAACUGCUCAGGCAGUACUUGGACUUUGGAGGCUUCUAUGAUAGAGAAAAGUUCUUCUGGAAAGAAAUCCAGGACGUGACGAUUGCAGCUGCCUGUGCACCCCCUGGUGGUGGACGUAACCCAGUAACGCCUCGCUUUUUCAGACACUUUAGCAUGUUCUGCUUGCCAACUCCCUCUGAAAGCAGUUUAAAGCAAAUCUUUAAGGCCAUCCUGGGUGGAUUUUUGACAGAUUUUCCUCCAGCUGUGAAGCAAACUGCAACAAGCAUUGUGGAUGCUUCGGUUGAAAUCUACAGAAGAAUGAGUACCGACCUUCUGCCGACUCCAGCAAAGUCACACUACGUUUUCAACUUACGAGAUUUGUCGAAGUGUGUUCAAGGAAUCCUACAGUGUGAACCUGGGACUGUGAGAGAUCAAAAACAAAUAUUCAGACUCUUUUGCCAUGAGUGUCAACGAGUAUUCCACGAUCGACUGAUUAACAAUGAAGACAAGGGCUAUUUCAAUUCCAUUUUAUCGGAGAUGGCCGGUAAAUAUUUUCAAUUUCAGAUUGACGCUGAAUAUUUUGCAAAGAACCCAAUCAUUUUUGGAGACUUCAUGAAGCCUGGUGUGGAGAAGGUUGAUAGAAUUUAUGAAGAUUUGACAGAUAUAGGCAAGAUAAAGCAAAUACUUCAGGACUACCUCGACGACUACAAUAUGACAUACUCUAAAGAAACACAGCUGGUAUUUUUUCAAGAUGCAGUGGAGCAUGUCUCAAGGAUUGCCCGGAUGAUCCGACAGGAGAGAGGCAAUGCCCUUUUGGUUGGGGUUGGCGGCACAGGCAAACAGUCUCUUACAAGACUUGCAUCUCACAUGUGCGGGUAUCGAUGCUUUCAGAUUGAGCUCAGUCGAGGAUACAACUACGACAGUUUUCACGAGGAUCUACGAAAACUCUACAAAAUGGCAGGAGUUGAAGGAAAAGACAUGGUGUUCCUGUUUACAGAUACACAGAUUGUUGUGGAGGAGUUCCUAGAAGACAUAAACAACAUGCUGAACUCUGGAGAAGUGCCUAAUCUUUUUGAAAAGGAUGAGCUCGAGCAAGUUCUGGCAGCCACUCGUCCUAAAGCAAAAGAAGCUGGCAUACCAGAGGGCAACAGAGACGAGGUUUUUCAAUUUUUCAUCUCCCAAGUCCGGGAAAAGUUACACAUUGUGCUGUGCAUGAGCCCAGUGGGAGAAGCCUUCAGAGCCCGGUGCCGAAUGUUUCCAUCUCUGGUGAACUGCUGCACCAUUGACUGGUUUGUUCAAUGGCCAAGAGAAGCUCUUCUGUCUGUGUCCAAAACUUUCUUCAAGAAUAUUGAUCUUGGCAGUGAUGAAGUGAAGGAGCGGUUAUCAGAAAUGUGUGUUGAGAUUCACAUGAGCGUGACCGACAUGGCCGAACAGUAUUACGCGGAGCUGCGUCGACGAUAUUACACAACCCCGACCUCGUACUUAGAACUCAUCAACCUGUACUUGUCCAUGCUGGGGGAAAAACGACAACAGCUGGUCACGGCAAGAGAUCGUGUUAAAAAUGGUUUAACGAAACUACUUGAAACCAACGAAAUAGUAGACAAACUAAAGAUCGAGCUGUCCGCUCUGGAGCCCAACCUGAAGAAGAAGUCGGAGGAUGUGAACGCUUUGAUGGAGAAGCUCACAGCUGACCAAGAAGCUGCCGAUAAGGUUAGAAGAAUUGUCAAGGAAGACGAAGCGAUAGCUAAGGUCAAGGCAGAAGAAACACAAGCCAUCAGUGCAGAAGCCCAGCGAGACUUGGAUGAAGCUCUCCCGGCACUGGAAGCUGCGAAUAAGGCGCUGGACUCCUUGGACAAAGCAGACAUCUCAGAAAUAAGAGUGUUCACAAAGCCACCGGACUUGGUCAUGACUGUCAUGGAAGCCAUCUGCAUUCUGAUGGGUGCCAAGCCUGACUGGACGACUGCAAAGCAAGUUUUGGGUGACAACAAUUUCCUGAAAAAGCUUGUUGAGUUUGACAAAAACAACAUAAAACCACAGGUGUUGCAGAAACUUCAAAAAUACAUCAACAAUCCCGAUUUUAUCCCGGAAAAAGUAGAAAAAGUAUCCAAAGCUUGCAGAUCCAUGUGCAUGUGGGUAAGAGCGAUGGAUCUGUACUCAAGAGUGGCAAAAGAGGUGGAACCCAAAAGACAAAAGGCAGCAGCUGCACAGGCAGAACUGGAUGCCACAAAAGCUCUCCUUGCCGAGAAGCAGGGGAAACUGAAGGAAGUAGAGGAUAAAAUCAAAGUGCUCCAGAGUCAGUUUGAGAGCAGUGUGGCAGAAAAAGAGAACCUUGCAAAAAAGAUGGCUUUAACCCAGGCUCAACUCAAUCGGGCAGGAAAGCUGACCUCAGCUUUAGGGGACGAGCAGGUCCGCUGGCAGGAAAGUGUCACCAACUUUGAAGAAGAAAUCUCCAAUGUGAUUGGCAACGUCUUUCUUGCUGCUGCUUGUGUUGCGUAUUAUGGAGCCUUUACAGCACAUUACAGGCAGCUGUUGAUACAAAGUUGGAUUAAACGGUGCCAAGAACUUCAGAUUCCAAUCAGUUCCAACUUCAGCCUGAUUGACAUAUUGGGCGAUGCCUUUGAAAUUCGCCAGUGGAACACGGACGGCUUGCCACGGGAUGAUGUUUCAACUGAAAAUGGAAUUCUAGUCACCAGGGGGCGGCGUUGGCCUCUAAUGAUUGAUCCUCAAGAUCAGGCAAAUCGCUGGAUAAGAACAAAAGAAACCAAGAAUGGGUUAAAAGUUAUUAAAUUGACAGACGCGGGAUUCCUUCGCACAUUGGAGAACGCUAUAAGAUUAGGAAUGCCUGUCUUAUUAGAAGAGCUGAAAGAGACACUGGAUCCAGCUUUGGAACCAAUACUACUGAAGCAGACCUUUGUUAGUGGUGGGAGAACGCUAAUUCGCCUCGGUGACUCGGACAUCGAUUAUGACAAAAACUUUAAAUUCUAUAUGACAACCAAAAUGGCAAACCCUCAUUAUCUUCCUGAGGUCUGCAUAAAGGUUACAAUUAUUAACUUCACGGUAACAAAAUCAGGCCUGGAAGAUCAACUUUUAAGUGACGUGGUCCGACUAGAGCGCCCUGAUUUGGAAGAACAAAGAACCCAACUAAUCGUCAGGAUCAAUUCAGACAAAAACCAACUGAAAGCAACUGAAGACCGAAUACUGAAACUACUCUUUACUUCAGAAGGGUUUAUUUUGGACAAUGAAGAACUUAUCAAAACUCUACAGGAAUCCAAGGUUACUUCAGGUGCGAUUAAGACAAGAUUACGAGAGGCUGAAACGACUCAAGUGAAUAUUAAUGCUGCAAGAGAAAAAUAUCGCAUCGUAGCAACCCGUGGGUCUGUGAUGUACUUUGUAAUCGCCAGUCUGUCUGAAAUAGACCCAAUGUACCAGUUUUCAUUGAAGUACUUCAAGCAGCUUUUUAAUUUGACAAUUGAGACAUCUACAAAGAACAACGAUCUUGGACUGCGUCUCAAAACUUUACUGGAGCAGACUUUGCUGACUAUGUACACCAACAUUUCAAGAGGCCUCUUUGAACAGCACAAGAUAAUCUACAGCUUUAUGCUGUGCAUUGAAGUCAUGCGACAGAAGGGAAAAAUUAGCGACGCCGAGUGGAACUACUUCUUAAGAGGAGCUGCAGGAGUGGAAAGGGAACUCAUUGGCAAACCAGCUAUUCCUUGGUUAACAGAUGCUCUGUGGAUGACAUGCUGUGACAUAGAAGAAAGGCUGCCGUGCUUCAAGGGACUACGAAGAGAAGUGCUACAGAAGCGCAUCCCCAUUAAACUAGGUCGCCUUGACAUUACAAUUAAUCCAGAAUUCAAGGAAGGAUAUGCAGAACAAAUACCUUCAAAUUUGCCAAGUGCUGAAGCAGAUAAAGAUGCAGAUCGGGAAGCCCGUCGUCCAUUAGCGGAAAAGCUUACCGUGUUUCAAAAGUUAAUACUUCUUAAGGGUUUUGUAGAAGAAAAGGUGGUUUUUGCAGUGACAGACUUUGUAAUAGAAAACCUUGGAAAACAAUUUGUUGAAAAUCCCCCGGUAGACUUGGCCACUUUAUAUAAUGAUAUGUCUCCUUCUACUCCGCUGGUUUUCAUCUUGAGCACAGGCUCCGAUCCCAUGGGUGCUUUCCAGAGGUUUGCAAAAGAGCGUGGUGACUUGGACAGGGUGCAGUCCAUUUCUUUAGGACAGGGGCAAGGUCCUAUUGCUGAGAAAAUGAUCAAAGAUGCUCUAAAAUUAGGAAGAUGGGUGUUCCUACAAAAUUGCCACCUUGCAGUCUCCUGGAUGUUGCCCAUGGAAGAGCUGAUCAAAUCUUUUACAGAACCAAACGUAUCGAUUCAUAAGGAAUUCAGACUCUUCCUCAGCUCAAUGCCCACAAAGACCUUCCCAGUUACAGUUCUACAAAAUUCGGUCAAGGUUACAAAUGAGCCUCCCAAAGGACUUCGGGCGAAUAUCAGAAGGGCUUUCACCGAAAUAACCAACACUUUUUUUGAAGAGCAUAUGCUUGGCUUAAAAUGGAGGAAAAUUGUCUUUGGGGUCUGUUUUUUCCACGCUAUAAUCCAGGAACGAAAAAAAUUUGGAGCCCUUGGCUGGAACAUUCGCUACGAAUUCAAUGACAGUGACAGGGAAUGUGCCCUGCUGAAUCUCAAUCUUUAUUGUCAAGAAGGGAACAUCCCGUGGGAUGCUCUUACAUACAUUACAGGGGAGAUUACGUAUGGAGGAAGAGUCACAGAUGCUUGGGACCAACGCUGUUUACGCACGAUUUUGAAAAAUUUCUUUUCACCUACAAUAUUUAAUGAUGGCUAUAAAUACUCCGCAUCAGGGAUAUAUUUUGCACCAGAAGUAGCCACAUUGCAGGAUUACAGGGACUACAUUGAAAAUCUCCCUUUGAUUGACGUCCCAGAGAUAUUUGGCAUGCACGAAAAUGCAAAUCUGGCUUUUCAGCGCCAAGAGACCUCCACUUUGAUUAACACAAUCGUUGAAGUUCAGCCAAGAUCAUCAUCACAAGGGACUGGAAAAAGUACCGAUGACGUCGUGCAGGAGGUCGCAGACUCAAUUUUAGCCAAACUUCCAGAAAAGCUUGAAAUGGAUGCUGCCGUGGAAUCACUGUAUGAAAAAGAUGCUAAAGGACGUAUCAACUCCUUAACAACCGUUUUAGGACAAGAAGUGGAUCGCUUUAAUAAUUUACUGAAAUUAAUAAGAAAUUCAUUACACACGCUGAAGAAAGCAAUUGCUGGGUUUGUUGUCAUGUCUGAAGAGAUGGAAAAAUUAUAUAACAGUUUCUUCAACAACCAAGUUCCUGAACUUUGGGCCAACGCGGCUUACCCGUCUCUGAAGCCAUUAGGAAGCUGGGUGAAAGAUCUGGCACUUAGGACUGCGUUCAUUGAAAAUUGGAUAAAGACAGGCCCACCAAAAUCUUUCUGGAUAUCUGGAUUUUUCUUUCCACAAGGAUUUUUAACAGGUGUUUUACAAAACCACGCUCGAAAGUAUAACCUUCCCAUUGAUGAGCUUAACUUUCAUUAUCAUGUCGUUCCUUUUUAUCGGGAUCAGGCGGCUGUAACUGAAGCAUUAAAAACCCUGAAAUUUGGAGACGAACCUGAGAUGGACAAGAAGCUACCCACUUUACAAAAUGGCGUCCUUGUUCAUGGAAUGUUCAUGGAUGCCUUUCGCUGGGAUGAUGAGACCAUGCUAAUUCACGAUGCUUUACCAAGGCAAAUGAACCCGGUCCUGCCAGUGGUACAUUUUGAGCCUCGUCAGAAUUAUGUCCCUCAAGACUCGUAUUACCAAGCGCCUCUCUACAAAACAGGUGCCAGAGCGGGAACUCUCUCCACGACAGGACACUCAACAAACUUUGUAGUGACCGUGCUGCUACCAUCAAACCAACACAGCGAUUACUGGAUUUCCAAAGGAUCAGCUUUAUUGUGCCAAUUAAGUGAAUAAUGUUACACAGUGUGUGCCAACAAGUGCCAAAAUUAGUCCUGAGCAUAUUUAUAAAAUACCAUGUUCUGUAUAUGGAUUAUUUCACUAAAGACAUCCACUUUUGUGUUGAUUUUUUAAUAUGUAGACUGUAAAAGAGAUGUUUUAAAAUAAGUAAUUUAUGCUUAAUCUCCUUCGGAAUUUUGUAAAGCACUUCUUCAAUAAAUCAGCCUUCUGUAA